AGAAGAAACGCGUUUCCUGUCGGUGCAGACAGUAAAGCCAGAUACGCGCAAUUGUGUGGAAAAGCACAUUUGUUGUAAUUUUUUCCUUCCACUUGGUUUCUUCUCUCGGUGAUACGGGAGUUAGCCUGCCCUCUUGAGCACCAACAUGUACCACCCAGGUAAACCUGCGCACGGGCCGCCGCCUUUCGGACCCCCACCACCCCACGGUCCUCCUUUCAGACUCGGGGGGCCCUGUGUUGUUCCUCCUCCUGGACACUUGCCACCUCGCCCUUGUGGACCAUUUUCGGCUUCAGCACCGGAUAGCCAUUUUCUCCACAACAGACCACAAAGAGGGCAUUUCAUCAGGCCCCACUGUAGCAGCUUCUCCAUAGACCAUAGUACAGUGGUUGCUUUGGGAGGCAGGCAGCAGAUCAACCCAGAACCACCGCACACUGGGGUCCCACAGUGGAAUCCCACUCCUGUGGAACAUCAUCCUACAGACAACAGUGACCGAGCUGGUGAGGAAUUCCUGAGAUGCAUUGCAGCCAACAAGCCUCUCCCAGACUAUCUCAAAGGGAACAUGGCAUACAACCUGGCUGAUGCUUUUAAGUCGGCUAAUGUUCUGAAAGAAGCAGUCAAAUCAGACAAGGAGUACCAGAAGCAUGUGACCAGGAGCGAGAGCCGCAGUCGAAGCCGCAGUCGUGGCAAAAGCCGGGGCAAAUCUCAAGCCAAGAGUCGUGCACGAAGCAAAAGCCGAGCACGCAGUCGUAGCAGAGGAAGGAGCAAAAGUCGUGCUCGUGGCAAGAGUCGAGCUAGAAGUAAAAGCAGGGCAAGAAGCAAAAGCAGGGCUCGCAGUAGGAGUCGGAGCCGAAGCAAGAAGAAGAGUCAUGCAAGGAGCAAAAGCCAUGUCAGGAGGUCCAUGUCACGAAGUAGCAGUGGUGAAAAGAGCCGUGGCAAAGACAAAAAGAGAAAGAGGAGCCCCAGCCACAGCUGCAGCAGUGUAAGCAGUAGUAAUAAUCUGACCGGGAGUAGUCUCUUAGAAGGACUGAAGCUGGUCAUGAACAGCAAAGAACUGGAAGAGCGGUUGCCCACCCUCAAAGAUGCCAUCCUCACUAUUCAGGCCUCAGAUGAAAGCAAAAAAGUGGAGAUUGUGCCGGAUGAGCACAGACAUCAGAAACAUGACAGUCUGGAGAAUUCAACAUCAUUGGAAAACGACAGUAUGCUCCUUCCCCAUGACAGAGUAGGCAGCGACUUCUCUUGGCUUCAGGCUCAAAGUCAAGAGGAAUCUGCAGUCCAGAAAGCUGAUGAGCUGGAAGAUGAAGAGUCGUUCUUGUAUGGGAAUGAAGACACUGGAGGAAAACAAGCCAUUAAGUCCUCCACUACACUUUUUGCAUCAAUUUCCCAGAUUGGAGGCCAUGCCAAACUACAAGACAUGGAUAGUGUUGCUCUUGGCAGUCAACAGCAUCAGAAUAGGUCUGUAUUCAGUAAUGUAGGGGAUGUGAUUGAUCUGAAGCAACCCCUUCAAAUUACUUCCUCAAGCUUAGUCAAUCUGGACAGCAGUGAGUGUGAGAAGAUCAAGAACAUUUUAAAAAGUCUGGGCACAGCAGACAUCAGCGAGAUCAUGGUGAAGAUGCAGGGGCAGAAGGAGGGGAAGCAGAUACCUCCUGUACUUCUCGGCUCAGAAGCAACAGCAGCAGGCUUAACAUUGCCAGCACUGAAUAACCCGAACGUACGGCAAGCUCUGGAGUCUCUACAGUCUCUGAUCAAAGCAACAAAGGAGAAGCGGGCAAAAAGAGAUGGCAGUGGCACAUCUCAGACAUCCUCUGAUAAACACAAGGCAGGGGACGAGGAGGAAAGGAAGAGAGAGAAACAAGCAAGAAUAAGUAAAAUGGAGUCCUUGAUGAAAGAACUGGAGGAAUUGUUGAAACAGGAUGGAUUGAGUUUUCUGACACCAGUAAUUGGGUUUUACUGCCAGAAAUGUGAGGAGUUCAUUGGAGAUUUGAAUAGUGCCGAAAACCAUGCCAACAUCCACCACCAUAGUAACUCUAGCAGUCAGAUUGUGCAGAUGGACAACCAUGCUAAAGACAGCAAAGGACACUUGCACUAUUUUAAAGGUACCAGUAGCCAACACUCGCAUCCCUCAGACAGGAGAGUUAACAAGGACUACGGUUACCAUAGAGAUUCAGAAGAUCACGGAAAUCACAGAGACUGGAAAGACGAGAGAGAUCACAGAAGCAAACACAACGACGACCACAGAGGCCACAGGGCCAAGCAGGAAAACAUCUCCUUGAAAGAGGAGAUGAGGAAGGAGAGGAUGCUCAUAACGGUAUCCCGUGGACGGACACCUCCUCCAGACAUCAAGGUCAAGGAGGAGGUGAACAACAAGCAGGCCAUUGGGAGCCAUAGCAAAGUGGAAGACACGGACAAAAAGGGAAAAUCAUCCAAAGAGAGCAGAGAAAAAGAUAACCAAGUAAAAGAUGAAAGCAGUGAAAGUAGUGAUGAUAACAAAGGAAAAACACAUAAAGCAAAAUCACCUAAAAAGAAAAAGAAGAAGGAGAAGAAGAAUAAGAAGAAAAAGGAGAAGGGGAAUAAGUCCUAAUUGUUAUAUUAUGCUUCUCAGUUUCCAUUUCUAUGUUACCCUGAUUCCUGGGGUGAUGAUGGAAGCUUGUUGCAGCCCAAGUUUCUACACUUAAAAAGGCCAAGUUUUAUCAUUGCACUCCUGGGAAUCAAGUUAUUUUUUUUCCUCUUCCCAGUUAGUUUUUGUUUUGAUGGUAAGAAGAAGAGGGAGAUAGGCAUCAAGGACUAAUUCAUCAUUGUGCAAGGGACAGUGUGGAAGUGCACUUGUUGCUGUCAGCUUCAGUCAAAAGAUAAGGUUUAUAUCAGUUUUAUCCUUGUGCAUCUAGUACGGAGAUGGGUCUUACCCAGACUUGGCACCAAGACUGGAAGCAGGUUUCCACUCUUGAUUGAGUUGCCUCCAGUGUUGGUGCCAACCAAGGCUAAAUGCAUCCCAGACUGAUUUUCAAACAAGUGCAUUUUCCAGAAUGUCAACAUGCUUCCUAUUGUUAAGUGGUCUACAGAUUUUUAAAUGACAAUGCAUCUGUUAAUGUAUGGCAUGUCUUAAGUAUUUCCUCACAUCCUGGUUUUAUCUUUCAAUUAAAUGUUUGAAAAAUUAAGCGGUGAAUUAUUUUUGUCAACACCCUUAUCUUUGUCAAUACCAUUGCUUCUGCGUGUGUAUUUUCCAAGGACCAACAGCAUUGUAGUGUUGUGGUUUGUAGUGAGUUCCAUUUUCUUCCAUGCCUUUUUAUCUGAACUACAAGACAUCUGUCUCCUGUGGUGGCAUUGUAGAUGAAAGGAAAAUACAAAAAUAUGUUCAAAUAAAAAAGGUGAAAAACUA